CACGCCCCUGGAUGGGAUGCAUUAAUAGUAUAUUUGCAUAAAAAUACAAGUUCUUUGUUCUUCUCUGCUCGGCAGAGAAUUCCCUUGACGUGACCACCUCGAGCUAAUAUCAAGUUGCUUACCAUAAAGUCUCUUAUUUUGAAGCCCAAUAAAGAUUUAUAAAGUUUGACAAGAUUUGCGAUGUGUAGAUUGGGAAAGUUAUGGAGUUGUAUAGCUAUAUUUUACAUUCGACCGAGAAGGUCAACCGUGGGAACUUUCGCUGUCCUAGUUCUUCUGUUGUUACUCAGUUCUGGAGUUUAUUACUACAAUUAUCUGGGCAGAUAUUUCGUCAAGGUUGCUAAUGCUGACAUGGUGUCGGGGGAUUUCAAUUGUAAAAGUUCCAUCUCAAACGCGACGUGUACGUUCUCGAUGAGCGAAAACAAUGGGAUGAAAAUUUGUCUUCAUCUCGGUGAAAGGUGCAAAGGGUUCACGUACAAUCUUGGCCCAAAUACCGUCACUUUGAAGACAGGGGUGUUGAGUAAACCGAAAUUUUCCCUCGGUGUUAUCACUGUACUGAAGAGUGAGCAUCGAGAUAUCCUGGAAUUUGAGGAAGAAAGCUGUGCUCCUAGUUUGAAAAGCCAAACAAAGUCUGGCAAAAUUAAUAAAAAGAACGAAAUAUGUAAUCUUCCCAACAUUGACCCAUUUGAUCCAACUGUGAUGAAAAUGAUUGAAAAUGUUCCACCUUUGGUUUGUAAAGGAAAGAAAAACCUAACUUCUUAUCAAAAUGGCAUUUUGAGGAUAACUCCCGGUAAGAAUGUGAAGAAAGUUAACUAUCAAAUUCUGAAAAGAAAAAGCAAUACAGGGCAAGGUUACGACGUUUCCCGAACGGGCACGUUGACGCCGUCGGAUCCCGAAGCCCAGCUGAACGAAGACAUGGUGUACCUUGAGGUACAAACCGUCGAUGGUGAUGAGCAAAGAGAGUUUCACCUUGAUGUGCAAUCACGUAAGGAGUACGUAGAGCGUGUUGCAAAAACUAAACCAGGAAUACCGCUGAACGUAAUGAUGGUAGGCCUAGAUUCCACGUCCCACGCGCAUUUUCAAAGGAAACUGGGACCAGUGUACAAGUAUUUAAAGGAUGACCUAAAAUCCGUUGUAUUCAACGGACAUUCAAUUGUUGGUGAUGGUACAACUGAGAAUGUUGUAGGAAUGAUCACUGGUCGCCUGCUAGAUGAACUACAAGAAGCUAGGGUCGGGAGGCUAGAUGGGUCAUGUAUUGACAGCUGGCCAUUGAUUUUCAAAGACAUGCGGGCUCAUGGUUACGUCACAUAUUACAGCGAGGACGAAGUUUACAAUGGCGCAAUCACACAUCGCCUACAAGGCUUCUGUAAACCACCAAUUGACCAUUAUCUGCUUCCAUUGUGGUAUGCUGCUCUUAACAAAAUGACAACAUUAUACAGGAAGGUUGCUGAAUUAGGCACGUACAUUAAGGGUCACUGCCUGGGCUCUCAAGCGAUAUACAACGUUAGCUUCAACGCUGUUCAAAGCUUUUUUGACGCAUACCCCAACACGCCGAAGUUCGGGUUUCAAUUCAAUGCCGAUUUUUGCCAUCAUGAAUCGUUCAAUUUUAUUUCGCUGGUCGAAGAUAAGCUCUUAAAUUUUCUAAAAGUCAUGAAAGAUAAGAAUUAUCUUAAUAAUACUCUUUUAAUAUUAUUUGGAGAUCACGGACUUCGGUACGGUUUUGUUCGUUCCAGUAUUCUUGGUCGGAUGGAAGAGAGAUUACCUUUUCUGUCUAUGACUUUCCCGCCUUGGUUCCAGGCCUCUUAUCCAGAACUCUAUGCGAACUUACGAAGAAACGCUGAAGUGCUUACGUCACAUUUUGACCUUCAUGCGACCCUAAUGCAUUUUUUGACGUAUCCGAACGAGCCACAAGGUUUACCUCACGGAAGGAGUCUUCUGACAAACAUCGGGUGGAGAACCUGCGAAAAGGCUGGGAUACCUUUUCAUUAUUGCCCGUGUCUGGACUGGGACCCGGUUAGCACAGACCACAAACAUGUUGUAAAAAGCGGGCUCGCUGUCGUCGCCGCAAUAAAUGAUAUGCUGAGGCAGAAUGGACUCGCAGAGAAAUGUGCAAAGUUGAAAUUGCAGAGGAUCAAAUCUUCUAUAAUUGUGACUUCGACAAGGGGGGAUACGAGGAAAAAGUCAAUUUCAGGGUUCUAAAAGGUGGGUGUAUGUACCAACUUCAGAUUGAGACUUCGCCAAACGAUGGCAUAUACGAAGCAACAGUACAAAUGAUCAGCGGUGAGCCUCGUGUGAAUCCUGAAAUAAGCCGAAUAAACGAGUACGGAAAUGCAGCUCGCUGUAUAAGAACUACACAGCCAAUGCUUAGGAGAUUUUGCUAUUGUUUAUGAUGAUUUAUUAA